AGGAGAGGCGAUGCGACUCCUUACGCAGAGCGCCCGGCGUCCGCCGCGCCGCCGCCGCUUUCCAACGCGCCGCGCGUAGGCACAACAUGCUGGUGUCGAACGUCAAGGGCGUCGAGGAGUGCGACGGGUACCCGCUCCAGCUCGAGAUCGAGGAGAUGCGCACGGAGGAGACGGAGUUCAACGCCUUCGUGCACCGCAUGCUCCCAAAGGUGAGGUACGACGCGCUGAGAAUAGCCGCCGCGGCCGCGGGCUGCGACCUGCCCGAGGCCCUCGACGCGACGGACGAGGACGCCCUGCGGCGGGUGCACACCGCGCUCUGCGACGUCCACGUCGUCAAGGGCGCGCUCGUCUGCCCCAAGAGCGGCCGGCGCUUCCCCAUCAACAACGGCAUCCCCAACAUGCUCCUCCACGAGGACGAGGUCUAGGCGGCCGCGUGGGUCGCGUAACAGACUGUAUAGU